AAUUGGUUUAAGUACAGUUUGUUUCAAUUAUUAGUUUUCCAGGACCCCCAAAGUUGAGGAAUUGAAGAACAAGGACAGUUCCAAAAGCUUAAUGGAAGGGGGAGUAUAAAUAUCCUGGAUUCCCCCUUCAUCUCUCAACAACAAGCACCUUCAACAUCAAAUUGUUCCCCCCUCUCCCUCUUCAUCUCCGGUGGUUCGUUCAUUCGUAUCAGCUAGAAAAUGACGAUCCAAUCCGUCCUCGUGGUGGAGCAGCCCACUCUCGGUUUUGAAGCGGAAAAGAAGAUAAAGUUGGUUGAUAUUGAGGCCGAUAAGUUGGUCUCCAACGGUGAAUUCACGGUACCGGAAGAAAACGCAUUUGGGCGCUCUUUCAGGGAUUAUGAGAAUGAAAACAAUGCAAGGCACCGGGUUGUCGAGGAACUCUACCGUCAACAACACAUCCAUCAGACUUUUGAAUUCGUAAAGAAGAUGAGGGAGGAGUAUGGGAAACUGGAGAAGGGAGAGAUGAGCAUCUGGGAGUGCUGUGAGGUGCUCAACAACAUAGUGGACGACAGUGAUCCUGAUCUGGAUGAGCCUCAGAUUAUGCAUUUGCUGCAAACUGCUGAAGCCAUUAGGAAGGACUACCCUAAUGAAGAUUGGCUUCACUUGACUGCUCUCAUCCACGAUCUGGGGAAGAUUCUGAUCCAUCCCAACUUUGGAGGGUUGCCUCAGUGGGCUGUUGUUGGUGAUACAUAUCCGGUAGGUUGUGGCUUCAGCGAGACCAUUGUUCACCACAAGCAGCACUUCAAGGAAAACCCAGACUACAAGAAUCCAGAGUACAACACCAAAUUUGGUGUCUACAGUGAAGGUUGUGGUCUUAACAAUGUGAUGAUGACUUGGGGCCAUGACGACUACAUGUAUUUGGUUGCGAAGGAAAACGGUACCACUUUGCCAUCGGCUGGCUUGUUUAUCAUCCGCUACCAUUCAUUCUACCCACUGCACAAAUGCGAUGCGUACAAAUACUUGAUGAACGAGGAAGAUAGGGAGAACUUGAAAUGGCUCAACAUAUUCAACAAAUAUGACCUGUACAGCAAGAGCAAGGUUCCGAUCAAAGUUGAGGAGGUGAAGCCAUAUUAUGAAUCCCUCAUUAAGAAGUAUUUCCCGGCAAAGCUCAAGUGGUGAAGGUGAAGAGAAGGCUCGUGAAAUGAAGAGAUAUGCAAGUUUUUCAUUCGUGAUUAUAUAUAUUAAUAAUGAGAAUUGGGGCUCGUGAAUAAAGGGAUUGUUGUGGGAGAUGGGUUUUCAGUUGAAUGUUUGUUUGUAGAACAGAAGGUGUCUUGAUUGGGGAUGUAAUAUUGCCGAUGAAAUGCAAAAUUUAAUUCGGUGCACUCAUUUUAUUGGGUGCAUUCAGUGCACCCAACUCUAAAAA